AUGCGGCCGGACCACAUGUCCCCGCCUGGCGUCUCCUCGCUGGACGUUUAUCUCGUCCCUGUUUCAGCCCGGCUGCAGAGAGCAGCUCACUUUGGACUGGACGAGCCUCAGCGGCCACAGGAUGUGAUUCCCACCUCCUCCUCAUGCUGUCCCACCUCCUCCUCACGCUGUCCCACCUCCUCCUCUCGCUGUGCCACCUCCUCCUCUCGCUGUCCCACCUCCUCCUUGUGCUGUCCCACCUCCUCCUCACGCUGUCCCACCUCCUCCUCUCGCUGUGCCACCUCCUCCUCCUCCUCUCGCUGUCCCACCUCCUCCUCUCGCAGUCCCACCUCCUCCUCUCGCAGUCCCACCUCCUCCUCUCGCUGUCCCACCUCCUCCUCUCGCAGUCCCACCUCCUCCUCUCGCAGUCCCACCUCCUCCUCUAGCUGUCCCACCUCCUCCUCUCGCUGUCCCACCUCCUCCUCUCGCUGUCCCACCUCCUCCUCUAGCUGUCCCACCUCCUCCUCUCGCUGUCCCACCUCCUCCUCUCGCUGUCCCACCUCCUCCUCUCACUGUCCCACCUCCUCCUCUCGCUGUCCCACCUCCUCCUCUCGCCGUCCCACCUCCUCCUCUCUCUGUCCCACCUCCUCCUCUCGCUGUCCCUCCUCUCUCUGUCCCACCUCCUCCUCUCGCUGUCCCUCCUCUCGCUGUCCCACCUCCUCCUCUCGCUGUCCCACCUCCUCCUCUCGCCGUCCCACCUCCUCCUCUCGCUGUCCCACCUCCUCCUCUCGCUGUCCCACCUCCUCCUCUCACUGUCCCACCUCCUCCUCUCGCUGUCCCACCUCCUCCUCUCGCAGUCCCACCUCCUCCUCUCGCUGUCCCACCUCCUCCUCUCGCAGUCCCACCUCCUCCUCUCGCAGUCCCACCUCCUCCUCUAGCUGUCCCACCUCUCGCUGUCCCACCUCCUCCUCUCGCUGUCCCACCUCCUCCUCUCACUGUCCCACCUCCUCCUCUCGCUGUCCCACCUCCUCCUCUCGCCGUCCCACCUCCUCCUCUCUCUGUCCCACCUCCUCCUCUCGCUGUCCCUCCUCUCGCUGUCCCACCUCCUCCUCUCGCUGUCCCACCUCCUCCUCUCGCUGUCCCACCUCCUCCUCUCGCUGUCCCACCUCCUCCUCUCACUGUCCCACCUCCUCCUCUCGCUGUCCCACCUCCUCCUCUCGCCGUCCCACCUCCUCCUCUCUCUGUCCCACCUCCUCCUCUCGCAGUCCCACCUCC